AUGCUGCUCAUGACGGCGGGCGACGCCGCAUCCUUCAUCUCGGACCCGUCCCAGUUCUCUCCCUCGGCCACGUCCAAAUCGCUCCCAUCGACAAAGACGUCACUGUCCCGCAGCGCACGGAGCGGCAGGGAAGGGUCUGGUGACAUUGACGUUGACCUCGCCUCAGGGCAGCAGUCAAAGGUUCAGCUCGACAAGCGCCGCAUGAUCCUUCUGGAAAUCGUCGAAACAGAAGUCACCUAUGUUCGGGACCUCCGUGCACUUGUGCACAUCUAUCUGCCCCAGCUCGCGGCCCUCCCGCACGUCUCUGAACGCAUCCACCAGCUCAUUGUUCGCAAUACGGCCGAGCUUCUCGACUUCCACAUUGGCCUCGUCGGCCACAUGGUUGACAUUCUCAAGUUCUCGGGCUUGAGCUACGAAUCGUCGGAUGCACACACGAUCGACACGGUGACCAAAGGACUGGCGGAUCUAUUUGUUUCCGAAGGGACCAGCUUUGCGCUCUACAACGACUAUUGCGCGGGAUCGACGGCAGCCGCGGCUUUGGUACGCACCAUUGCCCACAGAAGCGACUACGAGGCCUUCGAGAAACGAUGCCAGAUCAUCUCGUCGUCGGCCCCACACGCAACCCUCCUCGACAUCCUCACCAACCAGCAGUCGACCCCACUCGGCUCGCGCCUGCGCUUCAGAGACAUCCUCAUCACUCCAGUCCAGCGAGUGUGUCGAUACCCUCUGUUGCUCGCAUCGUUGCUCGCCGAUGUGAAUCGGGAUCAACCGAUGAGCGACGUGGUCGCAGCAGUGGAGGCCGCACAGGUUUCAAUGCGAGCAGUCGCCGAGAAUGCUGAUGAUGCUCGCCGACGGAAGGAGGCAGAGCUCAAGACGGCAACAGUGGCGGAGCGAAUUGAAACACACCCAGUUCUCACGCGCAAUUUCCUGGGUCGCCUGGGAACCUGUCGUCUAAUUGGCGCACUCGACGUUCUCUACCACCACAGCGCCGACUCCAAGGUGCGCUAUCUCGCCGCAUUCCUGUACCGUGGGUACAUUAUUCUGGCAAAGGUCCAAAAGGCCAGGGGCACCUUUGAGCCAAAGCAUUAUCUCCCACUCGAAGUUUUCGAGUUGGCCGAUAUCAAGAAGGGUGAGAAUAUUCCCAGGGCUUCGGCGCUGACGUCAGGCAUUCUCCCGCACACUAUUCGCAUGUCCGCCCGCGACCAUCACUUUGAUCUGGCCGCGUCUUGUGAAACCGAAAAGGACGUGUGGAUGGCCGAGAUGACGGCGGCUAGGAACGAGAGCACAGUGCCACCAUUCGAGCUUCCAUCGAGUGUGGCGCUUUACAGCGUCCGGUCCCGUCACUCGUCAACAGUCAUUGCCGAGCGCCCACCACAGCUCCCGCCCGUUAUUAAGCGGCAUACAGUGUUUGGCUUGGAGGAGCUGUCGAUUGUGGAGCCGGCGACGCCAGAGGAUUCGUGCUUUGCCAGCCCCGAGGCUAUCGAGCCAGAGCGACCACAGACACCCCCCGGAUACCACCGCUUACAGAGUGGCCAGGUCCUCCUACGCCGCACCUCCAUGUCUCAGCGCCUUCUCAUCGACCGCGCGCUCAUCGACGUCAUGUCCGAGACGCUCUCAACGACCCGCAGCAGGGUUAUGGCACAGUCCAUCCCGGACGCUCCCCCACUCCGCCGCCAACGCAGCAUUGCGUCACUGGCCGACCUCGUCUCUUCGCCUGAACUCAGAAGCGUGUUGCUGCCCAACAGGACACGGUCACGCUCAGCUGUGCGUGCCAGCCGCCUCAUCGUUGGCGACGGUGGCAUCGCCGUACAUGUCGACGGUGAAGCAGACCUCUCCCGCAACAACUCGUUCGCCUCCCUCACCGAUGCCCCGCCCAAGCGCCACUCAUCCGUGUCCCUCCGCCGUGGGGUCGAGGCCAUGACGCCGAGCCGCGUGGUGCUCCACCGCAAGAGCACCUCGCUGUCGUCGGGCCGCCCAGUGUUCACCCUCAACCGCGCGUCGUCGCUCCCAUCGUCUCCCGCCGUCGAAGCCAAGGUGAUUCGAGACGACGGCUCUGACCGCGCGCCAGCCGACGCCGAGCGAACCGAGACGCUCGAGACGCUCGACGACGACGACAAGACCGACGCCAAGAGCGACGGCGACUUUGUAAUUGUUCCAGAUAACCUACCUGAACCCGCACCACAACACACGCCAAAGCGGGCUAGCACUCUCAAGAGAUCCCUAUCAUUCUUUGCUCGCAAGGGGCUCACGCCGCUCGACACGGUCGAGCUGCCACAAGACUUUGGUCCUCGUUCGGCCGGGUCCAGCGGUGGCAGCCCGCACCUCACGGUGGCGAGCGCGCCCUCUACGCCUUUCGGCUCGCCUCAACCUCUCAAGCGCCGCCGCAGUGUGCGCCUUUUUGGUCAACUUCGGGGCUUCACUCCAAUCUAG